AGCUAUAAAAAUUCUACCAACAGUAUCUCCAAUUGUAUUAAUUGUAAAAUAUUGACAUGGAUUCCAAAAUAUACUUCCUUUUGGGCCUUCUUCUGGUAGUUGCUGUUGUUGAUAUUUCUGAAAGUGGUCCUCCUUGUGCAGCGGUUUUAUGUCCAGCUAUAGCAUGUGGUGAUGGAUCUAUAACAGUAAAAAGAAAGUGCUGCAAUGUUUGUAUAUAUCCAAGGAAAAAUGGGGAGUCCUGUGGAGGAGGACCCGAUGAAGUUUGUGCUGAAGGACUGACCUGUUGCAAUGGUGUUUGUGGAACACCGUCAUAAUUAUUUGAUGUAAUAACUAUUGUUCGUGUAUUUCUAUCAACUGUAAUAUAUACUUACUUAGUUAGUAAGUAAACUGUAAUA